CCCACCUCUUCAAAAUAUCUCUCUCUCUUUCUCAUCCUCUCUGUAUCCUCCAAGUUCUCUCAUAAGCGCACGCACACAGAAGAGAAAAAAAGCGUGCUUCUGCUUCACCAUGUGCGUAUAGAUUCGUUCUUUGGGAGUUCGAUUCUCGUUCUUCAAGUUCUCGCUCGGACUCUGGUCCGAGGACUUCACCGAGGAGUAAUUCGAUACGGGUUUCACGUGUGAUCCGGAGAGACUGAGGCGGGUUUGACAAUGGCGUCGGCAUUGGCCGGGGACGACCUCAUGCGGCAGACGAGCAGGAGCAGCCGCGGCAGUUGGCGGUCCGCGAGCGUGAGGGAGAUAUGGAACGCGCCGGACGUGUUCCAGCGGAGCGUCCGGCAGGUGGCGGACGACGAGGAGGAGCUCCGGUGGGCCGCCAUCGAGCGGUUGCCGACCUACGACCGGAUGCGGAGGGGGAUGCUCACCCAGGUGCGGAGCAACGGGAGGGUGGUGCACGACGAGGUGGACGUGGCGAACCUUGGGGCGCAAGACAAGAAGGUCCUGAUGGAGAGCAUACUCAAAGUGGUGGAGGAGGACAACGAGAAGUUCCUGACGAGGCUGCGGAACAGGACUGACCGGGUCGGUAUCGAGAUCCCGAAGAUCGAAGUGAGGUUCCAGAACCUGUGCAUUGAAGGGGAUGCUUAUGUGGGGACAAGGGCACUCCCAACUCUGCUCAACUCUACCUUGAAUGCUAUUGAGGGAGUUAUUGGUAUGAUCGGACUCUCCCCAUCGAAGAAGAGAGUGGUAAAGAUACUUCAAGAUGUCAGUGGCAUAAUCCAACCGUCAAGGUUGACCUUGCUUCUUGGACCUCCUGGCUCUGGAAAAACAACACUGCUACAAGCACUUGCCGGAAAGCCUGAUGAUGAUCUCAGGAUAACUGGAAAAAUCACCUACUGCGGCCAUGAAUUCAAAGAAUUCGUUCCUCAAAGGACCUGUGCUUACAUUAGCCAGCAUGAUCUUCACCACGGUGAGAUGACGGUCCGGGAGACGCUAGACUUUUCGGGCCGUUGCUUGGGAGUCGGAACUAGGUAUGAGAUGUUGGCUGAGCUGUCAAGAAGAGAGCGAGAGGCAGGGAUCAAGCCGGACCCCGAAAUUGAUGCUUUCAUGAAGGCCACUGCCAUUACUGGCCAAGAAACCAGUUUGAUGGCCGACUAUGUCCUCAAGAUCCUUGGAUUGGAUAUUUGCGCUGAUAUCAUGGUUGGAGACGACAUGAGGAGGGGUAUCUCUGGUGGACAAAAGAAACGUGUCACCACAGGUGAGAUGUUGGUCGGACCGGCGAAAGCGUUUUUCAUGGACGAGAUAUCGACGGGGCUGGAUAGUUCCACGACUUUUCAGAUUGUGAAGUUCAUGAGGCAGAUGGUCCAUAUCAUGGAUGUGACCAUGGUCAUCUCCCUCUUGCAGCCAGCUCCCGAGACUUACGAUCUCUUCGACGACAUAAUCUUGCUCUCGGAGGGCCAGAUCGUCUACCAAGGGCCGCGAGAGAGCGUUCUUGAGUUCUUCGAGUUUGUGGGCUUCAAAUGCCCGGAAAGAAAGGGGGUUGCUGAUUUUCUGCAGGAAGUGACUUCCAAGAACGACCAAGAGCAAUACUGGUACAGGAAGGACCAACCUUAUAGAUACAUCUCGGUGCCUGAAUUCGUGAGGGCUUUCAAUAGCUUCCAUGUCGGUCAGCGGCUUCUGGAAGAGCUUAGAGUCCCUUAUGACAAAACCAGGGCACACCCUGCUGCUCUGGUGAAGGACAAGUAUGGAAUUUCUAACAGGGAGCUCUUCAAAGCUUGCUUUGCCAGGGAAUGGCUGCUGAUGAAGCGCAGCUCUUUCGUGUAUAUCUUCAAGACCACUCAGAUCACGAUCAUGGCCUUCAUUGCGUUCACCGUGUUCCUCAGAACAGAAAUGAAGACCGGCGCAAUAAAUGACGGGGCAAAAUUUUGGGGAGCUCUAUUUUACAGUCUUCUGAAUGUCAUGUUUAAUGGGAUGACUGAGCUCGCGAUGACGGUGUUCAGGCUUCCGGUGUUCUUCAAGCAGAGAGAUUUCUUGUUUUACCCUGCCUGGGCUUUCGCGUUGCCCAUUUGGGUGCUCAGAAUUCCCGUAUCACUGGUUGAAUCUGGAAUUUGGAUCAUCCUCACUUACUACACCAUUGGGUUCGCCCCGUCUCCUGCUAGGUUUUUCAAGCAACUGUUGGCUUUCUUUGGAGUGAAUCAGGUGGCUCUCUCUCUCUUCCGUUUCAUAGCGGCUGUGGGAAGAACACAAGUCGUCGCCAACACACUUGGGACCUUCACAUUGCUGCUGGUAUUCAUCCUUGGCGGCUUCAUUGUCGCGAAAGAUGACAUUUCAAAAGGGAUGAUCUGGGGUUACUAUGUUUCUCCCAUGAUGUAUGGGCAAAAUGCCAUUGCUAUCAAUGAGUUCCUGUCCGAGAGAUGGAGCACGCCUUUGCCCCCCAACUCCUCUGAACCCACAGUUGGAAAGUACCUUCUAGCACAAAGAGGUCUUUACAGGACCGAGAGCUGGUAUUGGAUCAGUGUCAUAGCACUUUUCUCGUUCUCCAUUAUUUUCAACAUUCUCUUCACUGCUGCAUUGACAUUCUUAAAUCCUCUUGGUGAUAAUAAAGCAAUACUCGCGGAUGAUGAUUCCGAGAAGAGGAGACAAUCUAGAUCAGAAGGUACUCCGAUGCAAGUAAGAAAUGCCCGAGCAAACGAGAGUAUUGUCAGCGAAAGCACCCAGGCUAGGAGAGGAAUGGUUCUGCCUUUCCAGCCCCUUUCACUUGCCUUCAACCAUGUCAAUUACUAUGUGGAUAUGCCCGCGGAAAUGAAGACUCAAGGGGUUGAGGAAAGCCGACUACAACUUCUAAGAGAUGUCAGUGGAGCUUUCAGGCCAGGCGUUUUGACAGCAUUGGUUGGAGUCAGUGGAGCCGGAAAGACCACACUGAUGGAUGUCUUAGCAGGAAGAAAAACUGGUGGAUACAUUGAAGGAAGCAUAACUGUUUCCGGUUAUCCCAAGAACCAAGCCACUUUUGCUCGAGUGAGCGGUUACUGUGAGCAGAAUGACAUUCACUCGCCAUACGUCACCGUUUACGAGUCUCUCUUAUACUCAGCUUGGCUUCGUCUUGCUAAAGACGUAAAUAAUGAAACCAGGAAGAUGUUUGUUGAGGAAGUCAUGGAUUUAGUUGAGCUUCAUCCCUUGAGGAAUGCUCUAGUUGGGCUUCCAGGUGUUGACGGACUCUCGACGGAGCAGAGGAAGAGGCUCACAAUAGCCGUCGAGUUGGUUGCUAAUCCCUCGAUUAUUUUCAUGGAUGAGCCCACAUCAGGUCUCGAUGCCAGAGCAGCUGCAAUUGUCAUGCGUACCGUGAGAAACACCGUGGAUACUGGGCGUACUGUUGUGUGCACGAUUCACCAACCGAGUAUAGACAUUUUUGAGGCUUUUGAUGAGCUUCUUCUGAUGAAAAGAGGAGGGCAAGUCAUUUAUGCAGGGCCUCUUGGUGAACGGUCUCACAAGCUCGUCGAAUAUUUUGAGGCUCUUCCCGGUGUCCCCAAGAUCAGAGAAGGCUACAAUCCUGCAACAUGGAUGUUGGAUGUCACUGCUACUUCAGUCGAAGCUCAACUGGACGUAGACUUUGCAGAAAUCUAUGCCAAUUCUGACCUCUAUAGGAGAAACCAGGAGCUCAUCAAAGAGCUGGAUACUCCACAGGCCGGUUCAAAAGACCUUUACUUCCCCACCCAAUACUCCCAGGGCUUCCGAACUCAAUGCCAUGCUUGCUUCUGCAAACAGAACUGGUCCUACUGGAGGAACUCCCGGUUUAACGCCAUUCGUUUCUUCAUGACGGUCGUCAUUGGUCUUAUGUUUGGCUUAAUUUUCUGGAACAAAGGAGACAAAAUAUAUAAACAACAAGAUUUAAUCAAUCUACUCGGUGCCACCUAUGCUGCUGUUCUCUUCCUUGGAGCCACUAAUGCUUCAGCAGUCCAAUCUGUGGUGGCAAUCGAAAGAACCGUCUUCUACCGUGAACGAGCAGCUGGGAUGUAUUCGGAGUUGCCUUAUGCAUUUGCUCAGGUGGCUAUUGAAACAAUCUAUGUGGCGGUUCAGACAGUUGUUUAUUCCCUCAUGCUCUACUCGAUGAUCGGUUUCGAGUGGAAGCUCAGCAAGGUCUUGUACUUCUACUACUUCAUAUUCAUGUGCUAUACCUACUUCUCGAUGUACGGCAUGAUGGUUGUCGCGCUCACUCCCGGCCACCAGAUUGCUGCCAUCACAAUGUCGUUCUUCCUCAACUUCUGGAACUUGUUUUCGGGCUUCCUCAUUCCCAGACCUCUGAUCCCUGUGUGGUGGAGGUGGUACUACUGGUGCUCGCCCGUCGCUUGGACCAUCUACGGCAUUUUCGCAUCCCAGGUCGGCGACAAGAAGGAACCUCUAGCAACAGAUGGAGGGGAACAACCAAUAGAUGAAUUCCUGAAGGCAAGCCUGGGAUUCGAUUACGACUUCCUCGUGCCCGUGGCUUUGGCCCAUAUCGGUUGGGUCUUGGGCUUCUUCUUCAUCUUUGCCUACGGCAUCAAGUUCCUGAACUUCCAGAGGAGAUGAGAAAAAGCAUCUUGUUUCGAAGUAGAAUUUUUGAGCUUUUUACUCAUAGGAUUGUUGACUGUAUAGCAAUAUGGUCAAAUACAUAUGGAGAUGAGCAGAAAACUGUUCCUCCUCUCUUUCUUCCCAGUACAAUUCUUUUCUCUUCUGUAAUUUUGCUUGGCUUGAUUUCUCAUUUUUUGUUUCUGUCAUAUUGUGGUAUGUAUAGUUCUUUUUAUCCUCGCAAAUCUGCUGUUGUACCUUUAUAUGAGAGAUAGUGGAAAAUAAAAUCCCUUUACUUCAUAAA